AUGUACAUCGACUGGGCGCACCGCUAUCUUCCCAGGUGUUUUGCAGUAUGUUCGUUUAUCAUAAAUCCUCUCUUCAUUUAUAUGAUUCUGAAGGACACUAAUAUGAAUAUGGGCAAUUAUAAAUAUCUGGUUCUGUAUUUUUCGAUUUUCAACAUGUCUUGCUCGUUGUGUGAUCUUUUUGUGCCAGUUGGAAUUUACAACUAUCAGUAUGCCGGGUACCUAUCAGGAACCAAUGUGAACCAGCGAUUGCGAUAUGUUCAAGACUCAUUCAUGCGGUAUUAUGGACAAGAUCCGAUGGAAUUGAAUAUUGUCAUUGCGCAGUAUUGGGACGCCUCCCCUGAUUUAAUUCGCGACACCUGGAUUGGUAUUGGGUUACUAUCCAUUGUCUCAUUUGCUUCUCUUUUGAUUAUUGUGCUAUUCGGAUUUCUUAUCGUAUCAGAACUCCGAAAUCAGAUUCUCUUCUUGAGUGCCAACACCAGACGGCAGCAAACCCAACUGACGAUUGCUUUGGUUAUUCAGACAAUAACUCCUACUGUCGCUUGCUUCUUACCAUGCUUCUUUUCCUGGUACCAACCAAUGUUUGGGAUUAAUGUAGGGCAAUGGCUACAAAACACAUCUUCCAUCGUAAUGUCCAUGUUUCCUGUGAUCGAUCCGUUGUCCACAAUUUUUGUGCUCCCAACUUUCAGACGCCAGGUCAAGAAUGUUCUGUUUCGAACUGCAAAAUCGAAAACUAACAGUGCAACUACCCCAAGUAGAGCCACUCGUACAAAUGCAACAUGUUUUUGA